ACAACAUACCCUCCAAUCCCUCAUCGGCCCUUAGACCUUGUCCAAUUGCCCCAUCUUCCUCUCUAUCUUCCGCUAAUACUUAUACAAUAAUUAUGGACGCCGCUAACGUUAGAGUCAACGCCCAGUUGUUGCCAAACUUCAAAGGCAAGAUCGUCAGAGUCAUCGGCAAAAUCGAAUCAAUCGACCAGGCCUCCGGUCACGCUUUGCUCUCCACCUCUGAAACCAGCUCUCCCGCCUCCCAGAUCCACGUUCAAUUACCUCCGACCACCGAACAGGAGUUGACCGCCGGCAAAAAGUACGAGAUUGUGGGAAAGACCAACGACCACGAUUCUAGUGUUAGAUUGUUGAGUAUUGCCGAGUUAGGCGAUGCCUUUGACUUGGAGGUUGCGGAUAAGUUUGUCACCUACACUCACAAGCUUCCGGAUAUGUUUUAAAAGAUGACAAUAAAGAUGACAAUAAAGAUGACAAUGUAUCUUGCCUACUGUAUUAUAUUCUCCAAUGAGUUUGGCCAACUUGGGUUCUAGCGUCUUAAUGUUUUAGCUCUGCCAGUUUCUAUAUUAAUUCUCUCCAAGGUGAAGCUCCAUUAAAAGUAUUGGCUUGUGCUUUAUCUGGCAAAGUUGUAACUUGAGUUCUUUUCUUGCCGAGUUAUAACCUUUCUAGCAUUAUUUCUUCACUUUCAAGCGUUCCUAUAAUGUAAAUUCUUCUUGCCCACGUAUUUUGUCAAGUUCGUGCUUUGUACGUUAUACCCAGUGGUGUAUAU